AUGACAACCAAUAAUUUUAUUGAUUGUGUUUUCUUAAUCAAACAAAAAAACGAUAAGCAAUCUUCUUCUUCUACUCCUAGUCAAACGCCUCCUAAUAAUAAUCAAAACCCUCCAUCCGAAAAUCCGGAAAACUCAGCAGAAAAAAUUAAGGAGGAAUUAAAAAACCAUUUAAAAACAGAAAACUAUCUGGAUUUGCCAGAUUGUUCGUGUAGUGACGACAGACUUGUUAUUCUCUUGCGUAAGGAAGGCAAACCUGUUAAUAAGAAAGAAUUUUCCCUUGCGGGAAUGAGCGAAAAAGUUAAGCAAGAAAUCGAAAAAUUAUCCGAACAAUUUCCUUUUCGAGCAGAAGAGUUAAUAAACAAAGAUAUUGCAAAGUUAGACCAAAAUCCCAACCUACUUUAUGAUGGAAGAGUAACCAGCGGGCAAAAUAUUUUUCGUCUUUUUCGGGAAAUUGCGGUUCACCAAAUAAAAGUAAUAAUAUUAGGGCAAGACCCUUAUCACCUACCCGAAGUAGCCGAUGGCCUGGCAUUUAGCACCCAAAAGCCCAAUUAUAUCCCAGCCAGCCUAAAAAAUAUUUUUUUGGAAUUUAGCAGAGAUCUUAAUUGUGUUUCUCCCACUAAAGGCGAUUUGCUCCCCUGGGUUAAAGAAGGAGUUUUUUUACUUAAUACUGCCUUAACGAAAGCCAAAAAAAUCGGUGAAGAAUGUCAAAUUGGCAGUGAAUAUAGCCUGGCUAGUGCUCACCCCUCUCCUUAUAGUGCCGAACACGGAUUUUUUGGCUCCUGUCCUUUUUCCCAAGUUAAUAAAUUAUUAUCCGAAUUAGGCAAAAAACCGAUUGACUGGCUUUCUAUUCUGCUUCCGAAAUUAAAAAAAUGCUAA